AUGUUAAUUGCCGUUCUCUAUGUUGAUGAUAUUUUUAUUGCAAGAACCACGACUGAGUUUGUUGCACUAUUAAAGGAAAGCCUAAUAAAAGAGUUCAAAAUGAAAGAGUUUGGAAAGGCUAUUAAGUUCACGAGGUUCAAUAUCAAACAGAAUGAGGGUCACGAGUUUAAAUUCACUUUACAUGAUUAUAUGAGGACAAUAUUGAGAGACUAUAACAUAAAGAACUGCAGAUCUGGGAAGACACCGUCAAUAGUGAGUCAAGGUUUAACAUUGAAUGAUGAUAGUCAUAUAUUGCUGACAGAUGUAUUGUAA